UCCAGAGCUGGCAUUGGCAGCCGCGAGCAGGGGUGGAUGGUGGAGGCGGCACCGGCGCCAAGCGCGGGUGCUUCUUAGCUUCCUGCUCGCGGGGGCCAUGGUCGUAACCGGCGACGGACUCAUCCAGUUUUGGAACUUUGGGCCCUGCCCUUCCUGCAGUUUCAGUGCCAGGAUCUCUCCCCCCCACCUGGGACAAUGGCCUGGGCUCUGGCCCUAUGGAUGUGCUGGGGACUUCUGGAAGCAGCAGCUGCUAGUGGGCUGCAUCACCUGGACAUUCUGGUCACUGGAGCUGAUGAGGAAGACGGGACCCACAACUACUUCAUGAUUGCCAAGCUCAACAACUUUGUGGUCGCUAACUACCGCAGUAACACCCAGGAGGUCAGACCCACCAAGGAGUGGGUGAAACGGGCUCUGGGUGCUGACUAUGUACAGCAACAGACCCUGGAAUUCCAGGGCUAUGAGAAAGUUUCCAAAGUUCACAGAAAGAGGUGGAUGAAGCUGUAUAACCAGACAGAUGGCCUCCACGUCGAGCAGGUCCACGUGGGCUGCUCUCUCAGCGGUGAUGUUCUGGGGGACCAGAAGUUCCAGUAUGCCUACGACGGGGAGGAUUUCAUCAGUUUUGACAUCCAGCAGCUAACGUGGGUGGCAGCUGUGCCUGUGGCAUUUGCCCAGAAGAUGCGGUGGGACAAUGAUGAGACCUGGACCCAGUUUGUGCAGUGGUACUUGAAGGAGAAGUGUCUGCAAACCCUGAAGAGCUUGCUGCAGGAGGGAAAGGCCAUCCUGGCCCAGAGGGUCUCCCCCACGGUGUCGGUGUCCCGCAAAGAUGCCACUGACGGGUCUGCCAGCCUGUCCUGCCACGUGAGGGGCUUUUAUCCACGUCCCAUCCAUGUCUUGUGGGUGCAGGAGGGAGGGGAGAUCCUCCCGGAGACCUUCACCAGCGGGAUCCUGCCCACUGCCAACAACACGUUCUACACUUGGACGUCCCUGGAGGUUGGCCCUGCAUCCGCCAUGCACCGCUACGCCUGCCGGGUGGAGCACAGCAGCCUGCCAGAGCCCUCACUCACUUGGGUCCCUGAUAAGAAAGUGACCCUGUUGCCUGUGGUCCUGGCUGUCCUUAUCAUAGCUGGGGGUAUGAUCCUGAUUGGCUCUGUCCUAGGCUGUGCCAGUGUCUGGAUAAAAAAGUCAGCAGGCAUUGCUCAAUCCGGCUACACUCCAGCAAGCACCAAAAGCUGAGAUGAUUCCAAACCGACCUUCUCCUCGGGGCGGCAACUGAAAACCAGGGACACCCCGGCUUGAGGCAGCAGGACACCAGACCCAACACCAGUCUCUGCUGCCUGGGGGCCCUGUCUCCGCAUCUCUGGCUCUUGCAUUGCAGAAGAUUGUGUUUCUCCUUUAUCUGUGUUUGGGGCCGGGUGACCAGGACUCUCUCCAGGCAGGUGCCUGCCUCUGACUCUCCAGCCAGUUAGCUCAUUUAUUCAUGUACUUGCUUCCCUUCUUCUGAAAAGCAGCAUGCCUCCAGGUUUUGUUUUUUGUUUUUUUUUCUCUAAAGCCACCAGAUGUGUGGGGAUAGGACUGUAGGAUGAUAGGAUCCUAGGAAACUAUGGACCUCCUAAGGUCACAUCUAGUCCAGCCCUGUGUCAUGACCCAAUGGGUAUGAUUUUGUGCGUGCUUCGGCACUGCAGAAUUAUUUCCCGCCACAUGGAGCUUUCUUUGCACGGUGCAAUUCUCAGUUGCAUAGAGAAAACCCCGGUGCAAAAGAGUUCCCGCCACCCGUAUGCAAAUUAGUGUCCCACUAUUGGCUGUUUCUAAAUUAUUCCCACGUGGCGGCUAGCGAUUGGCUUGCUAGCCUUAUAAGAGGCUUGAGCGGUUUCCGCCCAAGUUGGAGGAAGAGGAGGACCUCACAUCCAUCUCGUGAAGAACUCUAAGCGUGCUGCGGAGCCUAACAAACUCCGCGUGUGCCUUAGAGGAGGAUAUAGGGGCCUGAUCAACCUCUAGCCUCUCCCCGUCGCUGAAUGCUAUCCCUCAAUGAACCCCUGCCCUGAGUGCUUGUUCCACAGAGCCUAGCAAACUCCGUGUGUGUGUAUCCAGAGCUCUGUCCGGUUUGUUAACAAGAGGCUCGAGUUUUCUGCGGAUCUUGUUUGUGCUCGUUUAGCGGAGCCUAGCAAACUCCGUUUGUGUGUCUUCAGUGGAGCCUAGCAAACUCCACGUGUUUGUCUGUAACUGCAACGCAAGCAAGUUUUCCUGCCUGCACCGCGACCAUCUACAGUGUAAGUAAAAUAAUCUUUAAUCAA